AUGGGAAUACAUAUCCCAUUAGACACUCCAAGCAUCAACAAUCCCCUUCAGGUCGACCAGAAAUAUUGUGGUUUCUACCAGAAACUGAAGGUCAACAAGACUUUUGAAUGUGAAAAGAGCCUUCUGGGAAGGCUUCGUCACUAUGUCAUCGUGCAGGUAAAUAAGAGUGUAACCACUUUAACAGCCCUACCCACCCCUCGACAUGUUUGUAUUCAAAAGCCCUAUCCAGCUCCCCCACGCGUUUAUAUCGGUAACUUAAAACACUUACAAUACAAGGAGAUCUUCUCGGUGUAUCGGAGAUUUAUCAGAGUGAUUUCGAGAGAAAAAGUGAUUGCUGUUCUUCAUGUGAAAGAAACACGUAUUAAAGGAGAUCUCUUCUCGUUGUAUCGGAGAUUUAUCGGAGUGAUUUUGAUGGAAAAAGCGAUUGCUGUUGUUCACGUGGAUUCGCACGCUCGUGUGUUGCUUCGAAGAGUUCAAAUUACAAAGAACCAUUGCAAUACUGUGAAGUUCAUCAUCUUGAAUAUCUCUCUUUCCAGUUUUAAAGAAAGUUGCUAAAACAAAAUACUGAAGCUUUUUCUUUUUUUUCACAGUAGAUGUACUACACUUUAUAUAGCUAGUCUAAUAUACAUUUUCCAUUGUUAUUGUUUUUUAAAGUCACCAGUGAUAGUUGACCCCCACACAAAGUGCUUUUCAUAAAACUAUGAAACAAAUUCUCAUACACUAAAGACCAAAAAUAAAAGAAAGAGUAAUACAGUGCACUUGCAGUGGAUUUAAGCUUAUCACAACCCUCUAUUUUUUUUAUUAAAAUCAAUA